AUGGCACCUCGAUGCGAAACGGGAGGAAUGUCCGGCCUCACCAUCUCGGACAUUCAUUCCUUAAAGAGGAACGAGGCACUGGAGAUUCUUGCCCAAAUUUCACGCGUCGAGAAAAAGACCUUCCCCACCAAUGAGGCAUUUCCAUUCGGCGAAGAUUUGUGGAGAAAGAAGCCUAACACGCGAGUUCUGUACGCGAUUCGAGCCAAGGGAUUGCAAUCUGAUCUAAUUGCCUAUGCGGUCUAUGUCCGACAGAAGGGCGUUGCGCUCUUGCACAAAGUCUGUGUGACAGAGCCUAACCGCCGUCAAGGUGUCGGCCAGGAGGUGCUGUCCUACAUUCAGCAGCGCCUACGAAAGGAGGGCUGCCAGUAUAUUCAACUCUGGGUGGACCAGGCCAGGGAGCCUGCACGCGCCUUGUAUCUCCGAAUUGGAUUCGAGGAGCGUGAGGUCAUCCCUGAUUACUAUGCCCCUGGACGAACAGGUAUCAAAAUGGUCCUGGAUUUAGAAGCGUGA